UGGCGGGCCACGGCGCGCUACCGCACUCUUCCGCUGGGCCCCAGAAAGUUUCGCUUCUGCCCAGCGGUGGACCCACGAGCGCGUGCCACCAUGGAGUCUGACCACUGCUGACCGGACCCAGGCGGGAGGCGCACAGGGGAGAAGGGUGACCCGCACCCGUCGCCAUGGCUUCCCCCAUGGCAGAGAGCCAGCUCCAGAGAAUCAUCCGCGAUUUGCAAGAUGCGGUGAUGGAGCUAAGCAAAGAGUUUAAGGAAGCAGGGGAGCCCAUUACGGACGACAGCACCAGCCUGCACAAGUUUUCUUAUAAACUUGAGUAUCUCCUGCAAUUCGAUCAGAAGGAGAAGGCCACCCUUCUGGGCAACAGGAAGGACUACUGGGAUUACUUCUGCGCCUGCCUGGCCAAGGUGAAAGGAGCCAAUGACGGGAUCCGAUUCGUCAAGUCGAUUCCGGAGCUCCGAACAUCUCUGGGGAAAGGAAGGGCCUUUAUCCGCUACUCCUUGGUGCACCAGAGAUUGGCGGACACCUUACAGCAGUGCUUCAUGAACACCAAGGUGACCAGUGACUGGUACUACGCGAGAAGCCCCUUCCUGAAGCCGAAGCUGAGUUCCGACAUCGUGGGCCAGCUCUACGAGCUCACGGAGGUCCAGUUUGACCUGGCGUCCAGAGGCUAUGACUUGGACGCUGCCUGGCCGACGUUUGCCAGGAGGACACUGGCCCCUGGCUCUUCGGCUUACCUGUGGAAACCUCCCAGCCGCAGCUCCAGCAUGAGCAGCUUGGUGAGCAGCUACCUGCAGACUCAGGAGAUGGCCUCCAGCUUUGAUGUAAGCAGCCCCCUAAACAACGAGGCGCUCGAGGGCUUUGACGAGAUGCGGCUGGAGCUGGACCAGCUGGAGGUGCGGGAGAAGCGGCUGCAGGAGCAGAUGCAGCAGCUGGAUCGAGAGAACCAGGAGCUGAGGGCGGCCGUCAGCCUGCAGGCCGAGAAGCUGCAGGCGGAGAGGGAGAGGGGCCUCGCCGCUGCCGAGGACAAGGCCCGCCUCACCCACGUGGUGGCCGAGCUCCAGAAGCAGCGGGAGGUCACGCAGGCUGCCCAGAGCGCCGUGGAGGAGUUCCAGAAAUGCCUGCAGGCCCUGGAGCUGGGGGCAGCAGAGAAGGAGGGGGAUUACCGCUCGGCCCUGCGGCAGCUGGAGUCCGUGCUGGAGCCACUGGUGCAGGAGCUUGAGGCCGCGCGGGACCCGCUGGGCAGGAAGAACCAGCAUUCAGCUGAUGUCCCGGACCGGCUGGGUGCAGCUGAGCAGAAGGCAGAUAUGGCACCGGACACAGAGCUCCUCCCCGGGGACUCUGCCCUGGAGGUCCAGGAGCUGCGGGAGAAGCUUCGAGCCCUGGAAGGAGAGAGCUGCAAGGCGCAGGAGCUCCACAGGCAGCAGAGUGCCCAGCUUGAGCAGCUGGCCGGGGAGCUGGAGCGGAAGGAGGAGGCCCGGGCUGGCCUGGAGCGCCUGCUGGAGGAGAUGGCCCCGGUUCAGGAGGAGCUGGCCAGGAAGGGGCAGGAGGCGGCCCAGCUGCGGCGACAGCUACAGGAGUCCCUAGGCCACCUGAGUUCCCUUGAGCAGGAGCUGGCAGACGUGAGGCAGGAGGAGCGGCAGCGGCGAGAGGAGAAGGAGCUGCUGGAGCAGGAGGCCAGGUCUCUGGCGCGGCAGCUGCGGCUCCUGGAGACCCGGGUGGCCCAGCUGAGCCAGCUCGUGGGGGACCUGGAGGAGCAGAAGAAACAGUUCAUCCGGGACAAAGACCACCUCAGCCAGAAGGUGGGGAUGCUGGAGCGGCUCGCCGUGCAGCGAGGCCCAGAUGGGCCCACGGCAGGGGAGAAGCCCGCCGCCCAGGGUCCCCCAGACUCCAGCCUGCGACAGGUCUUUGAGAAGCCAGAGGAGGAACAGAGAAGUCCCCAGGAGGGCCAGACAGGUGACACCCAGAUGCAAGGGAGCGGCCAGGAGGAGAAGCUCCAGCAGGCCAACAGGGAGCUGGAGAAGGAGCUGCAGAACGUGCUGGAGCGCAACCAGCUCCUUGAGGGCAAGCUGCAGGCGCUGCAGACUGAUUACCAGGCCCUGCAGCAGCGGGAGGCAGCCAUCCGGGGCUCCCUGGCCUCCCUGGAGUCUGAGCAGGCCAGCAUCCGGCACAUGGGGGACCAGAUGGAGGCAAGCCUCCGGGCCGUGAAGAAGGCCAAGGAGACCAUGAGGGCGCAAGUGGCCGAGAAGGAGGCCGCCCUGCAGAACAAGGAGACCGAGUGCCAGCAGCUGCAGGAGGAGGUCGGGCGCUGCCGGCAGCUGGCGGAGGCCCGGGAGAGGGAGCUCAGGGCUCUCGAGAGCCAGUGCCACCAGCAGACCCAGCGGAUCGACGCCCUCAUGGCAGAGCACGGCCAACGGGGGCUCGGCGCGCCUGACGACAGUGCACACCAGGAGCCAGCCACCCCGCUGGCCCUGUGUCAGGCCCAGGUGGAGACCCAGCAGGGGGAGGCCGGGCGCCUGCCAGCUGGGGUGCUGGACCUUCAGGCCAAGCUCCAGGCAGCCCUGGGUGACCGCGAGAAGGUACAGGGCCAGCUGAGCGCGGCCGAGGCUGCUCUGAGGGAGCACAGGGCCCUGGUGCAGCAGCUGAAGGAGCAGAACGAAGCCCUCAAGAAGGCCUCUGGUCGGGAGCCGCUGCGGUGCUUGGAGCAGGAGAGGACUGAGGAGGAGGAGGAGGAGCGGUCCAGGACAGAAUCCGGCUCCCAGGAAGCCCGGCUGGAACAGGCAGAGCCACCAGAGCAGCUGCCCAGGGCCAGCCCAGCUGCUGACGAGCCCAGCGUCCAUACCUGCAUGCAGCUCGCCGAGAAAAAGCAGGCCGAGGAGGCCCUGGCCCGCGCCCUGCAGGAGCUCCGUGAUGCCAAAGAGGCGGCCUCGAGGCAGCGAGAGGGCCUGGAAGAGCAAGUGGCAGGCCUGCAGCAAGAGAGGGACGGCUUGCAGGAAAGGCUGAAGGUGGCCGAGGAGGCAGCCCGCUCCCUGCCCAGCCUGCAGGCCCAGCUGGCCCAGGCCGAGCAGCGGGCCCAGAGCCUCCAGGAGACCUCCCACGAGGAGCUCAAUGCCCUUAAGUUCCAGCUGAGCACGGAGAUCAUGGACCACCAGAGCCGACUGAAGACUGCCAGUGAAGAGUGCCGGAGCCUCAGGGACCAGCUUGAGGAGCGAGGCCGGCAGCUGCAGGCCGCCGAGGAGGCCGUGGAGAGGCUGAAGGCCACCCAGGUGGAUCUGGGAGAGCAGCUGAGCGGCGCCAGCCAACGUCUUUCCGAGAGCCAGGCUGCCGUGCAGAAGAAGGACGAGGAGGGGGCCGCCUUGCGCGAGAGCCUGGACAGGACCCAGAAGGAACUUGAAAAAGCCAGGACAAAAAUCCAAGAGUAUUACAACAGACUCUGCCAGGAGGUGACAGACCGGGAGAAGAAUGAUCAGAAGAUGCUCGCGGACCUCGAUGACCUGAAUAGAACCAAGCAGUACCUGGAGGAACGGCUGAUUGAGCUGCUCAGGGACAAGGAUGCUCUGUGGCAGAAGUCAGAUGCCCUGGAAUUCCAACAGAAGCUCAGUGCUGAGGAGAGGUGGCUCGGGGACACAGAGGCAAGCCACUGUCACGACUGCAAGCGAGAGUUCAGCUGGAUGGUGCGGCGGCACCACUGCAGGAUCUGCGGCCGCGUCUUCUGUUACUACUGCUGCAACAACUACGUCCUGACUAAGCCCAGUGGCAAGAAGGAGCGCUGCUGCCGAGCCUGCUUCCGGAAGUUCAGCGAUGGCCCUGGCUCCCCCGACAGCACCAGCUCCGGCACCAGCCAGGGGGAGCCCAGCCCUGCACUGUCGCCAGCCCAGGCUGGGCCCCAGGCCGCCAGAGGCCAAGACGCCGACUACAGGCCGCCGGACGAUGCCGUGUUUGACAUCAUCACAGACGAGGAGCUGUGCCAGAUCCAGGAGUCCGGCUCCUCCUUGCCCGAAACACCCACCGAAACUGACUCCCUUGACCCGAACUUGCCUGAACAGGACACCAUGUCAACCUCGCUAACCCCUGAGGACACUGAAGACAUGCCGCCAGGACAGGAUGCUGAAAUCUGCUUGCUGAAGUCUGGAGAGCUGAUGAUAAAACUACCUCUCACGGUGGACGAGAUCGCCAACUUUGGGGAGAGCAACAGGGAGCUGUUCGUGCGGUCCAGUACCUACAGUGUCAUCCCCAUCACUGUGGCCGAGGCAGGCCUCACCAUCAGUUGGGUCUUCUCCUCCGACCCCAAGAGCAUCUCCUUCAGUGUGGUCUUCCAGGAGGCAGAGGACACACCGCUGGAUCAGUGUAAGGUCCUUAUCCCCACGACCCGGUGCAGCUCCCACAAGGAGAACAUCCAGGGCCAGCUCAAGGUCCGCACGCCGGGCAUCUACAUGCUCAUCUUCGACAACACCUUUUCCAGGUUUGUCUCCAAGAAAGUGUUUUAUCACUUGACGGUUGACAGGCCUGUGAUCUACGAUGGAAGUGACUUCCUGUAGCCUCAAGCACCUGGAUUCUAGAUUCUGAUAGUUUCACUUUAUCCACAGGAAACACUACUCUUGCUCACCUGUCACAUAAAGCAGUAAAAAAAAAAAAAAAAAAGCAUCGGCUCCGUAUGUGACCCAUGUGUGACUCUGGGAGACAGGCCUCCGGCCGCCCCUCAGCACUACGCCGUCUGGAGCACGUGUACUCGGCACUGUGCACCAUCACACUUAGCCCCCGUGGCUUUUAAGGGCUCAAGCAACGUUCCCCAACUGUCCUCACCCCCAAAGGGACACUCUGCCAAAGGUUUAAACACUCAGGAACCUUCAGCCUCUCCCGGAGCCAUGCUGGUUCCCGGCCUCCCAUGGAGAAUUGCACAGGCCGGCGUCAGUGAUCCCAGCUUCUGCCCGUGGAGAGAAAUGCCACGCACUCUGCCCAGCGGGGGCUCAGGGACCCUGGGUGACCACGAGCCGGGAUGUCCUGGCCAGACCCUGGGAGUCCUCAGGCUGCGAGGCCCUCUUCCCCGGCAGAGGAGGCCACAGGGCCGUCAGGAGAGUCAGGGCGCCUGAGGCGGGGGGAGGGGCUCUCCCAAAGCCCCGCCAGCCUCUUCCGUCAGGCUCUGUCCCCUCCUGCCACACUAAAUUUAGGGUUACUCCAAAGCACAGCGACUCCGGAGGGGUCUCUAGGUGCACUUUCUUCCCGGCCCUUCUGUCUGGGACGUCCUGUCCUCACACAAAGCCCCUCUCUCAGGCAGGCCCCUCAGUAGUUGAAAACAUCGGCCUAGAAAUCAGAACCAAACAUGCUUGGGGAAACCGAAGCCACCACACGGAGGACACGUCCUGCAGCGGCUGUCUGCGCAGACGGCGACACCGUGACCACAAGGCAGCCCUGAGUGUGGCCCUUAGGACUCACUACUGAGCUCCUGGGCUGUCUCCGUUUGUCAAAUAAGAGCGGCUGCCUCGUCCGCAGACAUGUUUACUGAUGAUCAUAAUCAGGGUAAGAACCACUUCCAGACAUCCGGGCCUUCUCAGCAGAAAUCUUCGGUAACUCGAGUACAACAGGCAUAAAUCAUGGACCUGCUUGGAGUUCACUUCUUGGUCCCCACUCCCCACCCGUCUUCCCCAGCACCCCGUUUGCCCACUUCCUGUUGUCUGUGGCCCUUCUCUCCUCCCACCGUAGGGAGCUCACCCUCCAUGGCCUCUUGGGGCCAGAGCCUGAAGGCUCGGACGCUUCUCAGGUGAGCAGGCCAUCGGAUGACGGGGCCCACUUCAGCCAGGGAUGAGGGAGCGCGCCGGGCAGGGUGUCUUGGGAUCUGAGCCCAUCCCCCAGCUGGCCUCUGGUGACCAGUCAAGUCAUACCACAUGGAAGCUUCAUUCUGUCCCCCACAGUCCUGGUCGGGCUGAUGUUGAGAGCUCCAGUACAGGUCAGGGCCCCCAGACCGGGUGAGGCGCAGAUGCCGCAGCCACCACCCAGCAGAGGCGACUCGUGGGGCAGGGAUGCGGGGAAGUAACCUCCAUGAUGGGCUCAGAGCUUCCCCUCAGAUAGGGGGCUUGGCCACUUGCAGUCAGCUUAAGCAGAGCGGAGGAGGGGGUCGUGAACAGAACCUUCCGGAGAGAUCAACGCUGAGAGAAGCCGAACCUCUCACGCUCUUUCCUUAGCGCAACCAGCCACCUCUGGCAGAAAACCACCAGGGUCCUUGCAUCUCCCAGUGGCCAAGGCCUUGACUGUGCUCAGCACCAAGGCAGUAAGCAGCCAGGCUCCCGGAGACUCCCUGGCCUCAUGCUUGUCCUCACACGGCCUGAGGAUUGUUCCAGAGCAAGUUAUCCCGCCUUGGAGCCCACCCUCUCCUCUAGGAAGGGUAAUCAGGAUGCGCAGUUUACCACAAGAAGGAAACUAGCAGAAGAGAACCCAGAGCAGUCUGGGGUCUUGUUUUGAAUGCUUUCCCAGGAUGCCAUGGAGACCGGCCAGCUGAUGGUGUCCCACCAUCCUGUGCAGCUAACUGCUCCUGAGUUUCCUGCGAAAGGCCUGGAACAUUCCAUCCAAGCCCCCUCCUGUGAACUUCUGUCACUCAGCCCGGCAGGGGACCAACUACAGCUUAAAAACCACUCGGCUCUUGCAUGCGAAGCCGGCCCAAAGCCACUCCUCCCGAAGAGCAGGGGCCCCUCGUGGUGUGUACCCCCUGGAACGUUGACUACAGUCGUUCAGAGGACUGCCCGCUCCCCCAGCAGUCACGUUCUGACUCCGCAGCCUAUUUAUUUUCGUGCUGGACAGACUCUUUUUCCCUCGGUACUUUGCCAUGCGAGCUCAGGUUUGCUCUGCAUUAUGCGACUAGAGAACGUCGUGGCCUAUUUCAGCGUGAUUCGUACGAAUAGCUUUAUUUUGAUCUUAAACAGUUUCCCGGCUCCACUGAGGUUUUGGGGGGUUGGGAUACUUAUGUUAAAAAUUGCAGAUGACAAUGAAGAUCAACUAUUAACUCUUAGUUAACUAUUAACUAUUAGUCAACUAUUAACUAUUAGCCCCAGCCAGUAGACGGAAUUAUACUAGAAAUCAUCAGUGGGACCCCAGAUCACUAUACAACACAAAACAAAACAACAAAGCAAAACUCUGGCAGCCCCCGCUGGCCCAGCUCUCCGAAUAACAGCUGCUCGCUUUACAGCUCUGAUCCCGCUGCCUUGUUCACCUCUGCCUCAGGUGCCACUAACCAACCUUGCCUGAGAACGUGGCCGGAGCCCACUGUACUCCAGGUCAACUAGACCAAGAAGGAAUCUCGAACCAAAAAACCCUCCGGGGUUUGAAAAGUAGAAAAGGAAAAGCCACAUAACGUAACUAAAAAAAUCAAGGGGAAGGUUUUUCUGAAAGUCUUCAGUUCUCCCCUCUCUGGGUGAGUAAGCCAUUCUAGACUCAAAUGGAAGGAAAUCCCGAUGGGGGCAGGGGUGAUGUCUCAGAGUCUGCUUUACGGGAUACUGGUUAGAUAGAUGUCUGCUGAUUUAUAAGUUUUGGGGGGAGUUUCAUUUUUUAAAGUCCACCUUCGUAACUACAAGUGAGACCUACCCCUGGCUCCGGGAUUGAAAGGAAAGCAGAGAGACGCAUCCAUGAUUCAGAGAACCAGGGGGCGCCUUGCUGAGACCAGUGAGCCAGUCAGUCAGGUUUACAAAACACUUAGCAAAAGACGUUUCUUAGUGGAAACCUGGAGUUUUGUUUUUUUUUUUUUCAUUGCAUUGUGAUUCUUCCUAGGAGACAGGAAAGACUGAAUUAAUCAUGCCUUUUCCCUCCUAAUCACUUUUUUAAAACAAUAGUCUAGCUUUCCGGAGACAUGGCGGAUGAACAGGCUUCAUUAGAGCCUCAUGGCGAAUGUUCUCUAGAGAUGCUCCUGCCUCUGGGGGGUGCCGCUGAGCAACAUCCACGCCUCCCUUGGGCGGCCUCCGAAUCAGAAACGCGCUUUCAUUGAUGAAUCCUCAGUUCUCAAGGCCUUAGGGGAUAGUGGGUCUGGGGACCUAUUGCAUUCUUACCUGCCAAAGAAUUACCCAGAAGCACAUCAAAUACCAACACCCACCUGCGCAGUGGGGGUGAGAAACUUUUGUAUCCCAAGACAUAUUCCUUUCUAAAAGCAUCUGCUGUACCGUUUGGAGCAGUUUUAUUUUUAACCUCAGGAUUUAAAUAAAGCAAACAUUCUGA